AUGUCUACCUUCGAUAAUCACGCAAACAAUAUGAUCAAUGCCGAUGUGUGUUUGUUCGACCUGUGCUUCCUGGGUUCCUCCCGUUCUCUGCAAGGUGUCCCUGUAACCACUGUUCAACUUGCAGGGUACUUGGCACUGGGCCCUCAGCCCAUUAUUUUACCUCUAUAUUGUCCCCCAAUCGCUUUUGGCACUCUAAAGCAGCAAUUGUCUCUCUUCGCAUAUCUGCAAACCCCGAUGAUCCAUAAUAUGGCAUACAAGUUACUACCCAGCAAUGAGGUACCUGUGUAUGUUUUAGCACUGUCAGAUAUCGCCGCACCGUUCUUGAAUUUGCCAUGGCUGAAAGGCAAGACAGGCAACGAUAAGAUGCUGCAUGGUGUUUACGACUAUCUUGGUGUGGCCUGGGUCGACAAACCUUUAACUAUCGUCCAUCUUGCGCAAUUUCCUCUCGGCUACCAAUAUAUUCAGGCUGACGAUUUAAUCGACGAAUUAGAGUCGAUCCUUCAGACCACCUGGAUUGACUCAUCAGCCAUGGCUUCAGCAGCAGGAGUUGUGCGGUCGGUCCGCCCCAAGAAGAAGAAGGUUCAGGCUGAACACACCCUUCAUGGAAUUAUGAAGACCUGCCCAAACUGGGGCAGGGCCCUGGCGUACCUUCACACUGACAAUCCUCAUCUUCUCACCAAUGUCGAUUACGGCGAACGCAGACUUGAGCUUGCUCGCAGUCUCUGGCCUAGUUGUCUGAAUCGUGCAAAUAUCACUAUCCAUGAUUUGGAAACGGUGCUGAACAAAGACUCCAAGCUUCCAAUGUCACAAAACGAAGUAUUGGCGCUCUCGAGCCCGUGGAUUACGCAAUUUCUAUAUGAUACCCGUCGGGUGAUCACCAUCUCCAUGGACGACGCUCGCAUCUUUGGGCUCAGCAACUUCUUUGGCGUGGCUCUCAAGCACAGCAUCGGGACUCUCCUGCAGAUGUUCACGCGACCCCAUGCACAUUUGCUUCCAAUCUGGAUCAACGGGUUUUAUGCCUUCUUGAUUCAUCAAGCAGGAAAGGAGUUGGUUUAUCAUGUCAUAUUCAGGACAACAGCGACAAACUGUAUUCGUUUCACAAUCGCCGAUCUAGAACCAGCAGUCUUCAGGCUCUCUGCCCACCCGCCAGUAGAUACUUUGGCUUUGGUAGGGUCAUGUUGCUACCAGUCGCUCCUCACGAAGCUCAUGAGCAUCUGGGGCACCGCAGACGUCAUGCCACAGUUUCCUCCUGUGAGCCAAGUGCACACUGAACUUCGGGAGACAGCUGUGAUGCUCCUCCAGCAAGAUGAAGACCCGGACAUUGUCAUGUUCAGGGGUCAAAUGAGAGUGCUGUGCAACAUCACCCUCUCUCUCUUGCUUCCCUCUAACUUCAACAUGGUGAACACCAGUUCCGCUGUUCCUUUUACAUUUGAAGUGUCUUCCUACUCUCAUUUUCUCGGAAUUGAACAAACUGAGACUGCCAUGAUAUGUUGGCUCCAGAAACAGGAGCAUGAUACUCUUCCAGACUCCCUCUUUGCCACAGCUUCCGUGCUGUUUGGAUGGAUUGACUCCCACAAUCUUAUAGCUCUCCUUGACGUGAGCCUCCGGGAGGUUGCGAUGCAGCUCGAGCGAGAACAUGAUUUUGGUAUUGUAUCCUGUUUGCAAGGGAGAUGGUGGAUGGAGGACAGGAUGCACCAAGCUCAAACUGAAAUUUCAUUGUUCAGUACUGCUAUUGCUAACUUGUGCGAAGAAAUGGAAUGUAGAAGUUCCCCAAAUUGCCUCAGGAAGCUGCCCACAAUGGGUGAUGUCGCAUGUAUGAAAACAUGCUUAUCACCCAGUUUGGUCAAUUUCGAUGACGUCCGACCUAUACAGGUCAUGCCAGAUAAAUGCGAUGCCCGAGACAAAUGCAAUGCAUGGCUUAUCGCGUUGCAAGGCAAUACCCUGGAUGAUUCUGAUCCUAACGAUCGAUUUCUCUCCCUGCCUCGCUUGUUGAAAAUAUGGGUCGACAAUACCACAUAUCGCACCUACAUAAUCGCAUCCCUAGCAGAGUUCAAACCCUCAUAUAAUCGUGACAGCUUCAAAACAAAGGAAUGCAAGAGUCUGACCAUCCUUAAAUCCGAUCUACAUAUGCUUGGACUGAAGAAGCAGUGUGCGCAGGUCGAAGUGGACAUGCUUUCUGAAGCAAUAGCGCGCAUGUCUGAGUUCAAGCACACUGAUGACGGCAUAUCUUCCGGAAGUUCAAUGAUGUGUGUGUCAUGUCUGCCUGAAACCAGCGUGGGCUCGUUCGAUGAUUGGUUGUCCUCAUACACCUCUUCUGAUAUAUCAUCAGUCAUGUGA